CUUGUGCCAAACUCCACUCAGGAUGGGGUUUGGUCAGGGGAUACGGGUGUCCGUAUGGGCCUUUAUGUUAGGUGUCUGCUGUGCCCAAAAACAAGCAUUUACUACUAAUACUCCAUCUGGAACAGUGAACUUCAUCCCGCCACUGACAACAAGCCCAGUAAUAACAUCCUUCAACCCUGCUCACAAUGGCCGCGUAUGCAGUACGUGGGGCAAUUUCCACUUCAAGACUUUUGAUGGGGACAUCUUUUACUUCCCUGGACUCUGCAAUUAUGUCUUUGCAUCCCACUGCAAUGCUGCCUAUGAGGAUUUCAACAUCCAAAUCAGGCGCACUGUGGUGGAAAAUGCUCCUACUAUCAACCAUAUCACCAUGAAGCUCGAUGGGGUGGUUUUUGAAAUGGCAAAAAACUUUGUUGUUGUCAAUGGCAACAGGGUUCAGCUGCCUUACAGCCAGUCUGGAAUCAUGGCUGAGAGAAGCAGCAUGUAUAUAAAAGUGACUGCCAAAAUGGGCCUGGUUUUCAUGUGGAAUGAAGAUGACAGCAUCCUGCUGGAACUGAGUGACAAAUAUGCCAAUUAUACCUGUGGGCUUUGUGGGGACUUCAAUGGUAUUCCAACGUACAAUGAGUUCUUUUCAAACAAUGCCAAGCUGACUGCCACGCAGUUUGGAAAUAUGCAAAAGAUGGAUGGGCCAACAGAAGUCUGUGAGGAUCCUACAUCAUCCUCCCUGAACAACUGCACGGACAAUUUUGAUGACAUCUGCCAUAAAGUAUUGACUGGCCCUGCAUUUUCAGAAUGUAAUGUACUAGUUGAGGUUAGCGAGUACAUUAAGUCUUGUGAACAAGACUUGUGCCGCUGUGACCAGUCUAAGAAUGCCUUCUGUAUUUGUAACACCUUUGGUGAAUACUCCCGGCAGUGUGCCCAUGCCGGUGGACAACCUCUGAACUGGAGAACCCCACAACUGUGUCCCAAGAAGUGUCCUUUCAACAUGCAGUACCAGGAAUGUGGAUCCCCCUGCACUGACACCUGCACCAACCCUGAAAGAUCUCAUGUCUGUGAAGAUCACUGUAUGGAUGGCUGCUUCUGUCCCCCAGGAACUGUGCUUGAUGACAUUAACAAUGCUGGCUGCAUCCCCCUUUGGGAGUGCUCCUGUACUUACAAUGGCAACUCUUAUGCUCCAGGGACAUCUUUUCACGCCCAUUGCCAUUCCUGUACCUGCAAUGGAGGCCAGUGGAUUUGCACAAACAUUCCAUGCCCUGGAUCUUGUACAGUUGAGGGAGGUUCACACAUCUCCACAUAUGAUGAAAAACGUUACAAUGUCCAUGGAGACUGCACUUAUGUUUUGUCUAAGCUCUGUAAAAAUGACACAUUCGCUGUUCUGGGAGAACUCCGCAGAUGUGGCUUGACAGACACUGAGACAUGCUUAAAGACAAUAGUCCUCAGCGUUAAUGGAGGACAAACUAUCAUUGUGAUCAAGCCUGGAGGUGGCGUGUUUGUGAAUUGGAUCUACACUCAGUUGCCCUUCUCAGCAGCUAAUGUCACCAUUUUCAGACCCUCAUCCUUCUUCAUCAUGGUGGAAACAAACUUUGGACUUCAACUGGAGAUCCAACUUGUACCCAUCAUGCAAGCGUUUGUGCGACUGGAUCCAUCUUUCAAAGGGCAGACUUGCGGUCUCUGUGGAAACUUCAACAAUAUUGAGGCUGAUGAUUUCAAAGCCAUAAGUGGUGUAGUGGAAGGAACAGCAGCUGCAUUUGCUAAUACCUGGAAAACACAAGCUUCAUGCCCUAACAUCAAAAACAACUUUGAGAAUCCUUGUGCCCUCAGCGUAGAAAAUGAAAAGUAUGCUCAGCACUGGUGCGGAUUGCUGACGGACAGCACAGGACCUUUUGCCAAUUGCCACUUAACAGUGAAUCCAGCUAUUUACCACACGAACUGUCUGUUUGACACCUGUAAUUGUGAAAAGAGUGAGGACUGCAUGUGUGCUGCCCUCUCUUCCUAUGUGAGAGCCUGUGCUGCCAAAGGAGUCCAGCUGGAGGGAUGGAGGACUGAUGUCUGUUCCAAAUACACAACCUCGUGUCCCAAAUCCUUGAGCUACAGCUAUACCAUCAGUUCCUGUCAACCCACUUGCCGGUCUCUGAGUGAGCCCGAUGUCACAUGUAACAUCAGGUUCAUUCCAGUUGAUGGUUGCACCUGUGAAAAAGGAACCUACAUGGAUGAAUAUGGCAAAUGUGUGUCUGCUAGUGAAUGUCCUUGUUAUUACAAAGGAUCUCCCAUUCUGUCUGGGGAAGUUAUUCAUGAAGAUGGUCUUGUAUGCACUUGUGCACAGGGUAAACUGAGCUGCAUUGGAGUUGUGAACCAAAUCCCAGUUUGUGCUCCUCCCAUGGUCUACUUCGACUGCAGAAAUGUCACUGCAGGCACCACUGGAGCCGAAUGCCAGAAGAGCUGCCAGACGCUUGACAUGCAGUGUUACAGCACACAGUGUAUGUCUGGCUGCAUGUGCCCCUCUGGGCUAGUGUCAGAUGGUAAAGGCAGCUGUGUUGCUGAAGAGGAAUGUCCAUGUAUUCACAACGAGGCUACCUACAAACCAGGGGAAGAGAUCAAAGUUGACUGCAACACCUGCGUGUGUAAGAACAGGAUGUGGAAAUGCACCAGUGAACAAUGCCUUGGUACAUGCACUAUUUAUGGAGAUGGGCAUUACAUCACAUUUGAUGACAAACGGUUUAACUUCAAUGGAGGUUGUGAAUACACAUUAGUCCAGGACCACUGUGGGAAAAACAGCACAGUCAAUGGAACCUUUCGAGUUGUCACUGAAAACAUCCCCUGUGGCUCCACUGGGACCACCUGCUCUAAGUCUAUUAAAGUCUUCCUAGUGGGCUAUGAAUUGAUACUCAGUGAGGAACACUUUGAAGUGGUAGAAAGAGAAAAUGGAGGGCAAAUGCCAUACCAAGUCCGCUAUAUGGGCAUGUACUUAGUUAUUGAGACCAACAAUGGACUGAUCCUCAUGUGGGAUAAGAAAACCAGCAUCUUCAUCAAACUCAGCCCUGAUUUCAAGGGUCAGGUCUGUGGCCUGUGUGGCAACUUCGAUGGCAAUGGCAUUAAUGACUUUACCACCAGAAGUCAGUCUGUGGUAGGAGAUGUGCUGGAGUUUGGAAACAGCUGGAAAGUGUCUCUUACUUGUCCUGAUGCCAACUCUACAAAGGACCCUUGCUCUAUCAACCCUUAUAGGAAGUCCUGGUCACAGAGGCAGUGCAGCAUCAUCAACAGUGAAGUCUUUGCUGCAUGUCACUCUCAGGUUGAACCAACUAAAUAUUAUGAAGCAUGCAUGACUGAUGCUUGUGCUUGUGACAGUGGGGGAGACUGUGAAUGUUUCUGUACAGCAGUAGCUGCAUAUGCUCAAGCAUGUAGUGAAUUUGGUGUCUGUGUAGCCUGGAGAACUCCAUCAAUCUGUCCUCUGUUCUGUGAUUAUUACAACCUAGAACGGGAAUGCGAGUGGCACUACAAGCCUUGUGGAGCUCCCUGCAUGAAGACCUGUAGGAAUCCAAGUGGAAGAUGCCUUCAUAAGUUACCAGGUUUAGAAGGCUGCUACCCAAACUGUCCAGCAAACAAGCCAUAUUUCAAUGAGGAUGAGAUGACGUGUGUUGAUAACUGUGGCUGUUACGAUGCUAAAGGAAACUACCACAAACCAGGAGUGAGCUUCUACUCACGGGACAACUGUCAGUCAUGCACAUGCACAAUGGAAGGCUUACGGUGCAAGUUUGAUGCUGAAGCAUGUUAUUGCUAUUAUGAAGAACACAAAUAUAAAUAUAAGGAUGUCAUUUAUAACACCACAGAUGGGAUUGGAGGGUGUUUGAGUGCAAUUUGUGACAUCAAUGGAACAAUAACCAGAACAUUCUUUGAAUGCGGUGGAAUUACAACUACCAUCCCAUUCACAUUUAGUACAGUUCUACCUCCGAAUGCUGCAGGAACAACAACUACACCACCAGUUACAACAGUGUGUGUUCACAACGUAUGCCUUUGGUCAGAGUGGUAUGAUGUCAGCUAUCCAAGAGACUCCAACGAUGGAGAUUUUGAAACAUUUGAAAAAAUAAGAGCUAAGGGAUUUAGUGUUUGCGAAACUCCAAGGGAUGUGGAAUGCAGAGCAGAAAGCUACCCUGCCAUACCACUAAAAGACAUGGACCAAAACGUGACAUGUAGCAAAGACUUUGGACUCAUAUGUAAUAAUAGCGAUCAGAUUCCACCACAGUGCUACAACUAUCAGAUCAAAAUAUUAUGUUGUACUUAUGUACCAUGUGACUCUUCAACAUCUACCCCAUCAGUCACAACUAGUGGACAUCCAACUGCUUCAAUAACUACAGAAAGUCCAACUCCAUUCCCACUUCCCAUCACUUCAUCUGUCACCACCACGCUUGUACCCCCAGUUUCCACUACUGUAUCAAUCACCUCCACUACUUCUCCUCCAAGUCCAGGGACAGCAACAGGCUCAGCUGGUACAGCACCGCUGCAAACAGGCACAAUCCCACCUCUGACAGGCACACGUCCACAACCUUCACCAGGUUCCACUCUUCCUUCUUCGGAACUAACAACCACUGAAGGCACCACACUACUCUCUACACAGCAAACAUCACAGGGAAGCACCACCACGCUUGUACCCCCAGUUUCCACUACGGUAUCAAUCACCUCCACUGCUUCUCCUCCAACUCCAGGCACAGCAACAGGCGCAGGUGGUACAGCACCACAGCAAACACGCACAAUCCCACCAAUGACAGGCACGCGUCCAAAACCUUCACCAGGCUCCACUCUUCCUUCUUCGGAACUAACAACCACUCAAGGAACCACACUACUCUCUACACAGCAAACAUCACAGGGAAGCACCACCACGCUUGUACCCCCAGUUUCCACUACGGUAUCAAUCACCUCCACUGCUUCUCCUCCAACUCCAGGCACAGCAACAGGCGCAGGUGGUACAGCACCACAGCAAACAGGCACAAUCCCACCUAUGACAGGCACGCGUCCACAACCUUCACCAGGUUCCACUCUUCCUUUUUCGGGACAAACAACCACUGAAGGCACCACACUACUCUCUACGCAGUCAACAUCACAGCGAAGCACCACCAACCUUGUAACCCCAGUUUCCACUACAGUCACAAUCACAUCCACUGUGUCUCCUCCAAGUCCAGGCACAGCAACAGGCUCAGCUGGUACAGAACCACUGCAAACAGGCACAAUCCCACCUCUGACAGGCACACGUCCACAACCUUCACCAGGUUCCACUCUUCCUUCUUCGGGACAAACAACCACUCAAGGCACCACACUACUCUCUACGCAGUCAACAUCACAGCGAAGCACCACCACUCUUGUACCCCCAGUUUCCACUACUGUAUUAGUCACCUCCACUGCUUCUCCUCCAACUCCAGGCACAACAACAGUUUCGGGUGGUACAGCACCACAGCAAACAGGCACAAUCCUACCUGUGACAGGCACGCGUCCACAACCUUCACCAGGUUCCACCUUUCCUUCUUCGGGACGAACAACCACUGAAGGCACCACACUACUCUCUACGCAGGCAGCAUCACAGCGAAGCACCACCAUGCUUCUGCCCCCAGUUUCCACUACCAUAUCAGUCCCCUCCACUGCGUCUCCUCCAACUCCAGCCACGCGUCCACAACCUUCACCAGGCUCUACUCUUCCUUCUUCAGGACAAACAACCACUGAAGGCACCACACUAAUCUCUACGCAGACAACAACACAAGGAAGCACCACCACGCUUGUACCCCCAGUUUCCACUACAGUAUCAAUCACCUCCACUGCAUCUCCUCCAACUCCAGGCAUGCGUCCACAACCUUCACCAGGUUCCACUCUUCCUCUUUUGGGACAAACAACCACUCAAGGCACCACCCUACUCUCUACACAGCCAACAUCACAGGGAAGCACCACCACGCUGGUACCUCGAGUUUCCACUACCGUAUCAGUCACCUCCACUGCAUCUCCUCCAAGUCCAGGCACAGCAACAGGCUCAGCUCGUACAGCACCACUGCAAACAGGCACAAUCCCACCUAUGACAGGCACGCGUCCACAACCUUCACCAGGUUCCACUCUUCCUUCUUCGGGACAAACAACCACUGAAGGCACCACACUACUCUCUACAGAGCGGACAUCACAGGGAAGCACCACCACGCUUGUACCUCCAGUUUCCACUACUGUAUCAGUCACCUCCACUGCUUCUCCUCGGACUCCAGACACAGCAACAGCGUCAGCUGGUACAGCACCACUGCAAACAGGCACAAUCCCUCCAGGGCCAGGCACGCGUCCACAACCUUCACCAGGUUCCACUCUUCCUCUUUUGGGACAAACAACCACUCAAGGCACCACCCUACUCUCUACACAGCAAACAUCACAGGGAAGCACCAUCACGCUUGUACCCCCAGUUUCCACUACCGUAUCAAUCACCUCCACUGCAUCUCCUCCACCUCCAAGUACACGGCCACAACCUUCACCAGGCUCCACUCUUCCUUCUUCGGGACAAACAACCACUGAAGGCACCACACUACUCUCUAUGCAGCCAAUAUCACAGGGAAGCACCACCACGCUUGUACCCCCAGUUUCCACUACCAUAUCAGUCACCUCCACUGCUCCUCCUCCAACUCCAGGCACAGCAACAGGCUCAGCUGGUACAGCACCACUGCAAACAGGCACAAUCCCACCUAUGACAGGCACACGUCCACAACCUUCACCAGGCUCCACUCUUCCUUCUUCGGAACUAACAACCACUCAAGGAACCACACUACUCUCUACAGAGCGGACAUCACAGGGAAGCACCACCACGCUUGUACCUCCAGUUUCCAUUACCAUAUCAGUCACCUCCACUGCAUCUCCUCCAAGUCCAGCCACAGCAACAGACUCAGCUGGUACAGCACCACUGCAAACAGGCACAAUCCCUCCAGUGCCAGGCACGCGUCCACAACCUUCACCAGGUUCCACUCUUCCUCUUUCGGGACAAACAACCACUCAAGGCACCACCCUGCUCUCUACGCAGCCAAUAUCACAGGGAAGCACCACCAGUUUUGUACCCCCAGUUUCCACUACAGUCUCAAUCACCUCCACUGUGUCUCCUCCAAGUCCAGGCACAGCAACAGGCUCAGCUCGUACAGCACCACUGCAAACUGGCACAAUCCCACCUCUGACAGGCACGCGUCCACAACCUUCACCAGGCUCCACUCUUCCUUCUUCAGGACAAACAACCACUGAAGCCACCACACUACUCUCUACGCAGCCAAUAUCACAGAGAAGCACCACCACGCUUGUACCCCCAGUUUCCACUACGGUAUUAAUCACCUCCACUGCUUCUUCUCCAACUCCAGGCAAAGCAACAGGCUCAACUGGUACAGUACCACUGCAAACAGGCACAAUCCCACCUGUGACAGGCACACGUCCACAACCUUCACCAGGUUCCACCUUUCCUUCUUCGGGACGAACAACCACUGAAGGCACCACACUACUCUCUACGCAGGCAGCAUCACAGCGAAGCACCACCACGCUUGUACCCCCAGUUUCCACUACAGUAUCAAUCAACUCCACUGCGUCUCCUCCAACUCCAGCCACGCGUCCACAACCUUCACCAGGCUCCACUCUUCCUCCUUCCGGAAGAACAACCACUGAAGGCACCACACUACUCUCUACGCAGUCAACAUCACAGCGAAGCACCACCAACCUUGUAACCCCAGUUUCCACUACAGUCUCAAUCACCUCCACUGUGUCUCCUCCAAGUCCAGGCACAGUAACAGGCUCAGUUGGUACAGCACCACUGCAAACAGGCACAAUCCCACCUCUGACAGACACACGUCCACAACCUUCACCAGGCUCCACUCUUCCUCUUUCAGGACAAACAACCACUCAAAGCACCACACUACUGUCUAAGCAGCCAACAUCACAGGGAAGCACCACCAGUUUUGUACCCCCAGUUUCCACUACAUUCCCAAUCACCUCCACUGUGUCUCCUCCAAGUCCAGGCACAGCAAAAGGCUCAGCUGGUACAGCACCACUGCAAACAGGCACAAUCCCACCUCUGACAGGCACGCGUCCACAACCUUCACCAGGCUCCACUCUUCCUUCUUCGGGACAAACAACCACUCAAGGCACCACCCUGCUCUCUACGCAGCCAAUAUCACAGGGAAGCACCACCAGUUUUGUACCCCCAGUUUCCACUACAGUCUCAAUCACCUCCACUGUGUCUCCUCCAAGUCCAGGCACAGUAACAGGCUCAGUUGGUACAGCACCACUGCAAACAGGCACAAUCCUACCUGUGACAGGCACGCGUCCACAACCUUCACCAGGCUCCACUCUUCCUUCUUCAGGACAAACAACCACUGAAGCCACCACACUACUCUCUACGCAGCCAAUAUCACAGAGAAGCACCACCACGCUUGUACCCCCAGUUUCCACUACGGUAUUAAUCACCUCCACUGCUUCUUCUCCAACUCCAGGCAAAGCAACAGGCUCAACUGGUACAGUACCACUGCAAACAGGCACAAUCCCACCUGUGACAGGCACACGUCCACAACCUUCACCAGGUUCCACCUUUCCUUCUUCGGGACGAACAACCACUGAAGGCACCACACUACUCUCUACGCAGGCAGCAUCACAGCAAAGCAGCACCACGCUUGUACCCCCAGUUUCCACUACAGUAUCAAUCACCUCCACUGCGUCUCCUCCAACUCCAGCCACGCGUCCACAACCUUCACCAGGCUCCACUCUUCCUCCUUCCGGACGAACAACCACUGAAGGCACCACACUACUCUCUACGCAGUCAACAUCACAGCGAAGCACCACCAACCUUGUAACCCCAGUUUCCACUACAGUCUCAAUCACCUCCACUGUGUCUCCUCCAAGUCCAGGCACAGUAACAGGCUCAGUUGGUACAGCACCACUGCAAACAGGCACAAUCCCACCUCUGACAGACACACGUCCACAACCUUCACCAGGCUCCACUCUUCCUCUUUCAGGACAAACAACCACUCAAAGCACCACACUACUGUCUAAGCAGCCAACAUCACAGGGAAGCACCACCAGGCUUGUACCCCCAGUUUCCACUACGGUAUCAAUCACCUCCACUGCUUCUCCUCCAACUCCAGGCACAGCAACAGGCUCAGCUGGUACAGAACCACUGCAAACAGGCACAAUCCCACCUCUGACAGGCACACGUCCACAACCUUCACCAGGCUCCACUCUUCCUUCUUCGGGACAAACAACCACUCAAGGCACCACACUACUCUCUACGCAGUCAACAUCACAGCGAAGCACCACCACUCUUGUACCCCCAGUUUCCACUACUGUAUUAGUCACCUCCACUGCUUCUCCUCCAACUCCAGGCACAACAACAGUUUCGGGUGGUACAGCACCACAGCAAACAGGCACAAUCCUACCUGUGACAGGCACGCGUCCACAACCUUCACCAGGUUCCACCUUUCCUUCUUCGGGACGAACAACCACUGAAGGCACCACACUACUCUCUACGCAGGCAGCAUCACAGCGAAGCACCACCAUGCUUCUGCCCCCAGUUUCCACUACCAUAUCAGUCCCCUCCACUGCGUCUCCUCCAACUCCAGCCACGCGUCCACAACCUUCACCAGGCUCUACUCUUCCUUCUUCAGGACAAACAACCACUGAAGGCACCACACUAAUCUCUACGCAGACAACAACACAAGGAAGCACCACCACGCUUGUACCCCCAGUUUCCACUACAGUAUCAAUCACCUCCACUGCAUCUCCUCCAACUCCAGGCAUGCGUCCACAACCUUCACCAGGUUCCACUCUUCCUCUUUUGGGACAAACAACCACUCAAGGCACCACCCUACUCUCUAUGCAGCCAACAUCACAGGGAAGCACCACCACUCUUCUACCCCCAGUUUCCACUACCGUAUCAGUCACCUCCACUGCUUCUCCUCCAACUCCAGGCACACGUCCACAACCUUCACCAGGCUCCACUCUUCCUUCUUCGGGACAAACAACCACUCAAGGCACCACCCUACUCUCUACACAGCCAACAUCACAGGGAAGCACCACCACGCUUGUACCUCGAGUUUCCACUACCGUAUCAGUCACCUCCACUGCAUCUCCUCCAAGACCAGGCACAGCAACAGGCUCAGCUCGUACAGCACCACUGCAAACAGGCACAAUCCCACCUAUGACAGGCACGCGUCCACAACCUUCACCAGGUUCCACUCUUCCUUCUUCGGGACAAACAACCACUGAAGGCACCACACUACUCUCUACAGAGCGGACAUCACAGGGAAGCACCACCACGCUUGUACCUCCAGUUUCCACUACUGUAUCAGUCACCUCCACUGCUUCUCCUCGAACUCCAGACCCAGCAACAGCCUCAGCUGGUACAGCACCACUGCAAACAGGCACAAUCCCUCCAGGGCCAGGCACGCGUCCACAACCUUCACCAGGUUCCACUCUUCCUCUUUUGGGACGAACAACCACUCAAGGCACCACCCUACUCUCUACACAGCAAACAUCACAGGGAAGCACCACCACUCUUGUACCCCCAGUUUCCACUACCGUAUCAAUCACCUCCACUGCAUCUCCUCCAACUCCAGGCACACGUCCACAACCUUCACCAGGCUCCACUCUUCCUCCUUCCAGACAAACAACCACUCAGGGCACCACACUACUCUCUACACAGGGAAGCACCACCACACUUGUACCUCCAGUUUCCACUACCGUAUCAGUCACCUCCACUGCAUCUCCUCCAAGUCCAGCCACAGCAACAGACUCAGCUGGUACAGCACCACUGCAAACAGGCACAAUCCCUCCAGUGCCAGGCACGCGUCCACAACCUUCACCAGGUUCCACUCUUCCUCUUUCGGGACAAACAACCACUCAAGGCACCACCCUGCUCUCUACGCAGCCAAUAUCACAUGGAAGCACCACCAGUUUUGUACCCCCAGUUUCCACUACAGUCUCAAUCACCUCCACUGUGUCUCCUCCAAGUCCAGGCACAGCAACAGGCUCAGCUCGUACAGCACCACUGCAAACUGGCACAAUCCCACCUCUGACAGGCACGCGUCCACAACCUUCACCAGGCUCCACUCUUCCUUCUUCAGGACAAACAACCACUGAAGCCACCACACUACUCUCUACGCAGCCAAUAUCACAGAGAAGCACCACCACGCUUGUACCCCCAGUUUCCACUACGGUAUUAAUCACCUCCACUGCUUCUUCUCCAACUCCAGGCAAAGCAACAGGCUCAACUGGUACAGUACCACUGCAAACAGGCACAAUCCCACCUGUGACAGGCACACGUCCACAACCUUCACCAGGUUCCACCUUUCCUUCUUCGGGACGAACAACCACUGAAGGCACCACACUACUCUCUACGCAGGCAGCAUCACAGCGAAGCACCACCACGCUUGUACCCCCAGUUUCCACUACAGUAUCAAUCACCUCCACUGCGUCUCCUCCAACUCCAGCCACGCGUCCACAACCUUCACCAGGCUCCACUCUUCCUCCUUCCGGACGAACAACCACUGAAGGCACCACACUACUCUCUACGCAGGCAGCAUCACAGCGAAGCACCACCACGCUUGUACCCCCAGUUUCCACUACCGUAUCAAUCACCUCCACUGCAUCUCCUCCAACUCCAGGCACAGCAACAGGCUCAGCUGGUACAGAACCACUGCAAACAGGCACAAUCCCACCUCUGACAGGCACACGUCCACAACCUUCACCAGGCUCCACUCUUCCUUCUUCGGGACAAACAACCACUCAAGGCACCACCCUACUCUCUACGCAGCCAACAUCACAGGGAAGCACCACCACUCUUGUACCCCCAGUUUCCACUACCGUAUCAGUCACCUCCACUGCUUCUCCUCCAACUCCAGGCACAGCAACAGGCUCAGCUGGUACAGCACCACUGCAAACAGGCACAAUCCCUCCAGUGCCAGGCACGCGUCCACAACCUUCACCAGGUUCCACUCUUCCUCUUUUGGGACAAACAACCACUCAAGGCACCACCCUGCUCUCUACGCAGCCAAUAUCACAGGGAAGCACCACCAGUUUUGUACCCCCAGUUUCCACUACAUUCCCAAUCACCUCCACUGUGUCUCCUCCAAGUCCAGGCACAGCAACAGGCUCAGCUGGUACAGCACCACUGCAAACAGGCACAAUCCCACCUCUGACAGGCACGCGUCCACAACCUUCACCAGGCUCCACUCUUCCUUCUUCGGGACAAACAACCACUCAAGGCACCACCCUGCUCUCUACGCAGCCAAUAUCACAGGGAAGCACCACCAGUUUUGUACCCCCAGUUUCCACUACAGUCUCAAUCACCUCCACUGUGUCUCCUCCAAGUCCAGGCACAGCAACAGGCUCAGCUCGUACAGCACCACUGCAAACUGGCACAAUCCCACCUCUGACAGGCACGCGUCCACAACCUUCACCAGGCUCCACUCUUCCUUCUUCAGGACAAACAACCACUGAAGCCACCACACUACUCUCUACGCAGCCAAUAUCACAGAGAAGCACCACCACGCUUGUACCCCCAGUUUCCACUACGGUAUUAAUCACCUCCACUGCUUCUUCUCCAACUCCAGGCAAAGCAACAGGCUCAACUGGUACAGUACCACUGCAAACAGGCACAAUCCCACCUGUGACAGGCACACGUCCACAACCUUCACCAGGUUCCACCUUUCCUUCUUCGGGACGAACAACCACUGAAGGCACCACACUACUCUCUACGCAGGCAGCAUCACAGCGAAGCACCACCACGCUUGUACCCCCAGUUUCCACUACAGUAUCAAUCACCUCCACUGCGUCUCCUCCAACUCCAGCCACGCGUCCACAACCUUCACCAGGCUCCACUCUUCCUCCUUCCGGACGAACAACCACUGAAGGCACCACACUACUCUCUACACAGGGAAGCACCACCACGCUUGUACCCCCAGUUUCCACUACCGUAUCAAUCACCUCCACUGCAUCUCCUCCAACUCCAGGCACAGCAACAGGCUCAGCUGGUACAGAACCACUGGAAACAGGCACAAUCCCACCUCUGACAGGCACACGUCCACAACCUUCACCAGGCUCCACUCUUCCUUCUUCGGGACAAACAACCACUCAAGGCACCACACUACUGUCUAAGCAGCCAACAUCACAGGGAAGCACCACCACUCUUGUACCCCCAGUUUCCACUACCGUAUCAGUCACCUCCACUGCUUCUCCUCCAACUCCAGGCACAGCAACAGGCUCAGCUGGUACAGCACCACUGCAAACAGGCACAAUCCCUCCAGUGCCAGGCACGCGUCCACAACCUUCACCAGGUUCCACUCUUCCUCUUUUGGGACAAACAACCACUCAAGGCACCACCCUGCUCUCUACGCAGCCAAUAUCACAGGGAAGCACCACCAGUUUUGUACCCCCAGUUUCCACUACAUUCCCAAUCACCUCCACUGUGUCUCCUCCAAGUCCAGGCACAGCAACAGGCUCAGCUGGUACAGCACCACUGCAAACAGGCACAAUCCCACCUCUGACAGGCACGCGUCCACAACCUUCACCAGGCUCCACUCUUCCUUCUUCGGGACAAACAACCACUCAAGGCACCACCCUGCUCUCUACGCAGCCAAUAUCACAGGGAAGCACCACCAGUUUUGUACCCCCAGUUUCCACUACAGUCUCAAUCACCUCCACUGUGUCUCCUCCAAGUCCAGGCACAGCAACAGGCUCAGCUCGUACAGCACCACUGCAAACUGGCACAAUCCCACCUCUGACAGGCACGCGUCCACAACCUUCACCAGGCUCCACUCUUCCUUCUUCAGGACAAACAACCACUGAAGCCACCACACUACUCUCUACGCAGCCAAUAUCACAGAGAAGCACCACCACGCUUGUACCCCCAGUUUCCACUACGGUAUUAAUCACCUCCACUGCUUCUUCUCCAACUCCAGGCAAAGCAACAGGCUCAACUGGUACAGUACCACUGCAAACAGGCACAAUCCCACCUGUGACAGGCACACGUCCACAACCUUCACCAGGUUCCACCUUUCCUUCUUCGGGACGAACAACCACUGAAGGCACCACACUACUCUCUACGCAGGCAGCAUCACAGCGAAGCACCACCACGCUUGUACCCCCAGUUUCCACUACAGUAUCAAUCACCUCCACUGCGUCUCCUCCAACUCCAGCCACGCGUCCACAACCUUCACCAGGCUCCACUCUUCCUCCUUCCGGACGAACAACCACUGAAGGCACCACACUACUCUCUACACAGGGAAGCACCACCACGCUUGUACCCCCAGUUUCCACUACAGUAUCAAUCACCUCCACUGCGUCUCCUCCAACUCCAGCCACGCGUCCACAACCUUCACCAGGCUCCACUCUUCCUUCUUCGGGACAAACAACCACUCAAGGCACCACCCUACUCUCUACGCAGCCAACAUCACAGGGAAGCACCACCACUCUUGUACCCCCAGUUUCCACUACCGUAUCAGUCACCUCCACUGCUUCUCCUCCAACUCCAGGCACAGCAACAGGCUCAGCUGGUACAGCACCACUGCAAACAGGCACAAUCCCUCCAGUGCCAGGCACGCGUCCACAACCUUCACCAGGUUCCACUCUUCCUCUUUUGGGACAAACAACCACUCAAGGCACCACCCUGCUCUCUACGCAGCCAAUAUCACAGGGAAGCACCACCAGUUUUGUACCCCCAGUUUCCACUACAUUCCCAAUCACCUCCACUGUGUCUCCUCCAAGUCCAGGCACAGCAACAGGCUCAGCUGGUACAGCACCACUGCAAACAGGCACAAUCCCACCUCUGACAGGCACGGGUCCACAACCUUCACCAGGCUCCACUCUUCCUUCUUCGGGACAAACAACCACUCAAGGCACCACCCUGCUCUCUACGCAGCCAAUAUCACAGAGAAGCACCACCACGCUUGUACCCCCAGUUUCCACUACGGUAUUAAUCACCUCCACUGCUUCUUCUCCAACUCCAGGCAAAGCAACAGGCUCAACUGGUACAGUACCACUGCAAACAGGCACAAUCCCACCUGUGACAGGCACACGUCCACAACCUUCACCAGGUUCCACCUUUCCUUCUUCGGGACGAACAACCACUGAAGGCACCACACUACUCUCUACGCAGCCAAUAUCACAGCGAAGCACCACCACGCUUGUACCCCCAGUUUCCACUACAGUAUCAAUCACCUCCACUGCGUCUCCUCCAACUCCAGCCACGCGUCCACAACCUUCACCAGGCUCCACUCUUCCUCCUUCCGGACGAACAACCACUGAAGGCACCACACUACUCUCUACACAGGGAAGCACCACCACGCUUGUACCCCCAGUUUCCACUACCGUAUCAAUCACCUCCACUGCAUCUCCUCCAACUCCAGGCACAGCAACAGGCUCAGCUGGUACAGAACCACUGGAAACAGGCACAAUCCCACCUCUGACAGGCACACGUCCACAACCUUCACCAGGCUCCACUCUUCCUUCUUCGGGACAAACAACCACUCAAGGCACCACCCUACUCUCUACACAGCAAACAUCACAGGGAAGCACCACCACGCUUGUACCCCCAGUUUCCACUACCGUAUCAGUCACCUCCACUGCUUCUCCUCCAACUCCAGGCACAGCAACAGGCUCAGCUGGUACAGCACCACUGCAAACAGGCACAAUCCCUCCAGUGCCAGGCACGCGUCCACAACCUUCACCAGGUUCCACUCUUCCUCUUUUGGGACAAACAACCACUCAAGGCACCACCCUGCUCUCUACGCAGCCAAUAUCACAGGGAAGCACCACCAGUUUUGUACCCCCAGUUUCCACUACAUUCUCAAUCACCUCCACUGUGUCUCCUCCAAGUCCAGGCACAGCAACAGGCUCAGCUGGUACAGCACCACUGCAAACAGGCACAAUCCCACCUCUGACAGGCACGCGUCCACAACCUUCACCAGGCUCCACUCUUCCUUCUUCGGGACAAACAACCACUGAAGGCACCACACUACUCUCUACGCAGCCAAUAUCACAGAGAAGAACCACCACGCGUGUACCCCCAGUUUCCACUACAGUAUUAAUCACCUCCACUGCUUCUUCUCCAACUCCAGGCAAAGCAACAGGCUCAACUGGUACAGUACCACUGCAAACAGGCACAAUCCCACCUGUGACAGUCACACGUCCACAACCUUCACCAGGUUCCACCUUUCCUUCUUCGAGACAAACAACCACUGAAGGCAUCACACUACUCGCUACGCAGGCAGCAUCACAGCGAAGCACCACCACGCUUGUACCCCCAGUUUCCACUACCAUAUCAGUCACCUCCACUGCAUCUCCUCCAACUCCAGGCACACGGCCACAACCUUCACCAGGCUCCACUCUUCCUCCUUCCGGACGAACAACCACUGAAGGCACCACACUAAUCUCUACACAGGGAAGCACCACCACGCUUGUGCCCCCAGUUUCCACUACCAUAUCAAUCACCUCAACUGCUUCUUCUCGAACUCCAGGCAAAGCAACAGGCUCAACUGGUGGAGUACCACUGCAAACAGGCACAAUCCCACCUGUGACAGGCACACGUGGAGAAAUGAGAACAGGUUCAGCCUCCACGGGUAAGGAUUCUACCAUCACUGGAAGUACUAUGCUUUUUUCCACAAGUCCAGCACAGCCAACAUCACAGGGAAGCACCACCACACUUUUAUCUCCAGUGUCCACUACUGUUGCGGUCUCCCCAACUGUAAGCAUUAGAACUCCUCCAACAUCUACUCUUUCAAGGCUUACUUCUUCAGUAUCUGCAACAACAGAAGGCCCCAGUACAGCCUACAAAGCACGUGAAAAAAGUACGUCUUUCACUUCAAGCAGAGUAACACCGUGUUUAUGCCACGUGUCUGGUGAUUUCUUUUCUCCCGGCGAAGUUAUAUACAACAGAACAGAUAGCACUGGUUGUAGUUUUUAUGCACUUUGCAGUAAAAGAUGUGAAAUUGAGCGACUCCAGGGGCCAUGUCCUGCAACAACUCCUGUUUCAUUAAUCCCGUCAUCUACAAUACCAAGCUUAUCAACCCCAACAGCUGUAUCUUCUUUAGUGCCAGUAACUCCAGAAACUACUCCAAUAUCAGGUUGCCCUGAUGCUGACCCGCCAAGAAAGAUGAAUGAAUCCUGGAUGUUAAACAAUUGCACUAUGGCAACUUGUGAGGGAGACAACAGAAUUGUUCUAUUGCUUCCUCCAGCUGUAGAGAUGAUUACUUGUGCAAGUGGACUCCCACCAAUAAAAGUCUAUGAUGAGGAUGGCUGCAACUACCACUAUGAGUGUGACUGUGUUUGCAGUGGCUGGAGCAAUUCUGACUACUUGACUUUUGAUGGAACUCACUACACAUUCCAUGACAACUGCACAUAUGUGCUGAUGAAACAGAUUGUGCCCAAAUACAAUUUCAGAAUCCUUGUUGACAAUUACUUCUGUGAUGUGGCUGAUGGACUCUCCUGCCCUAGAUCUAUCAUUGUGAAUUACAACUCCAUGGAAAUAGUGCUAAUCAGUCAGAUACACCAAGGAGAGAAAAAUAAUAAGAUUCUUGUCAACAAUGAGCCAAUCAGUGGAGGCUUCAGCAGAGAUGGCAUUUCGGUUGCCAAUGGUGGAACAUACAUGGUUGUUGAAAUCCCGGACAUCAAGUCUUACAUCUUCUUCAAUGGACUCACCUUCACAGUGAAAAUGCCAUUCAGCAUAUUUGGACACAACACUGAAGGCCAGUGUGGCACAUGUUCAAAUGACAAAGUGGAUGAAUGCCGCAUGCCAAAUGGCGAAGUAAUUUCCUCUUGUUCAGAAAUGGCUGCCGCCUGGCAGGUUCAGAAUGGAAAUAAGCCCAAUUGUGAAAUGCCCCCGGUACCACCUGCCACGCCAACAACUCCACCUGUGCCCUGCAAUUCUGCUUCUCCUCUUUGUGAGCUGAUUUUGAGCGAUCUCUUUGCAGAGUGUCAUAAGAUUCUGACGCCCAGCAUAUUCUAUGAGAGUUGCAUCGCUGAUUCAUGCCACAUUACCAAUGAAUCUAUACCAUGCUUCAGCUUGGAAACAUAUGCCUCCCUCUGCUCUGCUAAAGGUGUCUGUGCCAACUGGAGAAGCAAGACCCAAGGACAAUGCCCAUACAACUGUCCUAACGGCAAGAUGUAUGAUGCAUGUGGCCCUCUUAAUCCUGUCACCUGUCAUUCCGGAACUGUUAACCAUACAAGUGAACAUGUUGCUGAAGGAUGCUUUUGCCCCAAGGAUAAGAUUCUCUUCAAUUCAUACACUGACAUCUGUGUGUCAGAAUGCGCUUGUGUGGGACCAGAUGGAAUGCCCAAACUGCCUGGAGCCAUUUGGAAGAGUAACUGCCAGGAGUGUGUCUGUGACCCAUUCUCUGUUACUGUACAAUGUAAGUCACUGUCAUGUCAGACACCCGAGACACCCGUGUGUGAGAAAGAAGGAUUCAUACCUGUCCCAGUGUUGACACCAGAAGACCCAUGCUGUCCUGAAAUGGAAUGCAGAUGCAAUACAAGCGCCUGCUCCCAGACCAAGAAGACUUGUGAGCCAGGGUAUCAGCUAGCCACAAUCCUUUCAGAAGGAGACUGCUGUGUCAAUUAUAUAUGUGAACCAAUACCAGAUGUCUGUGUGCUUAAUGGAACUAUUUACCAGCCUGGAAUGUCUGUUCCAAUGGACUCUUGUAAGACAUGUACCUGCAGUUCUGAAGUAGAUCCAGUCUCCAACAGAAACCUUCUGCAAUGUGAGCUGGUCCGCUGUGACACCACUUGCCCCCUGGGUUAUGAAUACAUGAUGAAAGAUGGAGAGUGCUGUGGAGAGUGUGUCCAGGUGGCUUGCACAAUCAAGCUGACUAACAACACUGUCCAGGUGCUCAAGCCGGGUGAUAUCUGGAAGCCUGAAGAUAAUCCGUGUAGCUAUUAUAAAUGUGAAAAAAUCGAAGAUCAGCUUGUUUCAGUCACAGUUCUGAGAACAUGUCCUGCCUUUGACCCAGAGGACUGCAAGCCUGAUGAAGUACAGCUGACUCCUGAUGGCUGCUGCAAAACCUGUACCUCUGGAUUACCAAGAUGCAAAGUUCACAAGAACUCCACUGUGAUCCGCCACAAUGAAUGUGAAUCUUCUGAGCCUAUUGAACUAACGUACUGUGAAGGUGUUUGUGCCAGCUCCUCAGUGUAUUCCUUUGAAACACAGCAGAUGCAACACAAGUGUACCUGCUGCCAGGAACUCAAGAGCCACAAGAGAGAGGUGACCCUGACAUGCAGCAAUGGAACAAGCAUGAAUUAUGACUAUGUCUAUGUGGAACAGUGCCAAUGCAUGACUGCGUGCAUUCCAGAAACCACAACCACACAACAGUUCCAAAAGGAAGAAGAACAGAAAAGAACAAGAUGAUCAUAGGAAAAAAGAACCCAAGAGGUCUAAAGCAGUUAAAAUCAAAAGCAACAUAGAUAAAAUAACCUGUGCACCGGCUUAAAACUCUGUUUCUUACUUAUUUCAGCUUCCACUAUCACCAUUUUUCACUUCUUAAAUAUGAGAAUAUUCAGCAGCCAAAUAACUAAGUCUUCAUAUGUAUUUUUAUUUCUAAACAAUACAACUUUUGAGGGGGGAAGGAUAAACAAAAUUAUAACUUGCAUUGUUAGAGUCGUGGGUUAACCCAAAAAUUACUUUCCUUUACCAUUUCCCCUGUGAAGUUUGGAGACCAUUUAGUUCUAUUCUUUUCACCUAUUUCUUUUUUUAGUAUUCUCAUUGUUUCAAUGGGUCACCCAUUAUGGUUAUUUGUGUGCACGUGUAUAUCUAAAAACAACUGAAGACCCCUGACAAAUAUCCCGUUUACAUCAUGGGAAUUCGCAAUUAUUCCAGUCAACCGUUUACAACAUUAAUGUUUUAGCAAGAAGUAGUAAGAUGACUCUUUAAAACAAAAAUAAUGGUGAUGGGGAGUUAAUGUUUCAUGUAGAAAACUGAAUUUUAUAGUUACGUUGCACUGUCCUUUGCUAUUUAUUUGUGAGUAGAGAAAUAAUUUUAUUGGGGGGGUUCAUUGUCUAUGGAUUUAAGGUUUUGUAUGGGGUGAACAUGUAAUCUUUUCCUGUUCAUUUUGUUCUUACAUGAUUAAUAAAACUUUCAGCAUUUUCAA